AUGCCUGGCGCGAUCCCGCGGCUCUGCAUGGGAAAUACGAGUGGUGGCGGCCAUCUUGCGUAUGGAGCUGCUCCAGCACCGCAUCUCUCAAGCUCGAUUUUGUGGUUGCGUCUGAGACGGUCUUUCACUUUUUCGGAGAUGCCUUAUAGUGAAAUUGAAGCUAAGUUUUUGGGCCCUGGAAAAGAUCUAACAAGGGAAUCGUGCUGUAAGAAACUGAAGUCAGCUGCAGGUGAUUGUGUUUUCUCCCGUCAAGGUGGUCCUGAUCGUCACAAACCCCAAGAGAAAACCAGAAAUAAUAGGGUCCCAGUGGCCACCAUUAACUUCAGAAGACGUCCUCCGGAAGACAAAGCCAGAACUCCAGAUGCCUUGACGCCUAAGGAGCUGCCUGAUAAUAAACUAGGAAGUGUUGAAUCCACUGAGUCACAAGCUUUGCAGGACGGAAAGCCCCCGUCACUCUCCAGGGACGAUGGAAUCUAUAGCACAAGUAAAGCGUUCAUAGGUCCAAUUUACAAACCCCCCGAGAAAAAGAAGUGCCGGGAAAGGAAGAAUGAGAUGGACACUUUGAAUAGAACAGAUGACAAAAGAAGACGAGAAGAAAAACAGAAACUUAACUCCAAAAAAUUGGAGAUUGACACGGAACUAUCCCAGUUUUACAAAGAAAUUGAAGAGCUAGAAAAUGAAAAUGAUACUUCACAAGGCAGUAGUGAGGUCCCAGAACCUUCCCAGGAAAAAAUUAUUCCUAAGGGCCAGGCCUGUGAUACCUUAAACUCUGAGGAAGCAAAGAAGGAUCUCAGUAAUGCUCUCCAGUCACAUUGCGAUUACCAGUGGUACCUGGAGGAUGAACCAGGCCAAUAUCCCUGUGACGAACAACUGAUGCCUACUUUUUGUGAGACUUCAUUCCCUUCCUUCAGGCCUGAAUGGCAGGCAGUACAUCCUUUCGUCAUACCUCAUGGUCCUCCUCUUCCCAGUUUUAAUUACCAUUUUAAUAUUCAACGAUUCAAUGCCCCACUAAAUCCACCACCAAAUAUUUUCCAUGGGCAAGAGGACUUUCAGGUGCCAAGUGGGUGUUACGUGGACAGUUGUCAGGGUAGCUGGAGCAGUUUGACUUUUGAACAGAACGAUGAGUAUACUAACUAUGGUGUGACUAGCAGUAAUGUUCAUCCCUUUAGAGAUGGCUACAGUGGACAAGAUGAAAGUGUGAGUAACGGUUUCAGUGAAAUGAGAGAGUGCUGGAGAGAUCCUUCCAUGGAAGAGCACACUGGAACAGACAGGUUUGUGAACCAGUGGUUUCCAGAAGAGAAGUUAAAUAAAUUGCAGAAAUUACUUAUUCUUUUGCGAGGCCUCCCUGGGUCUGGAAAAACAACGUUGUCUCGAAUUCUGCUUGGUCAGAGUCGCGAUGGCAUCGUGUUCAGCACUGAUGACUAUUUUCAUCAUCAAGAUGGGUACAGGUACAAUGUUAAUCAACUUGGUGAUGCCCAUGACUGGAACCAGAGCAGAGCAAAACAAGCUAUUGAUCAGGGGAGAUCUCCAGUUAUAAUAGACAACACUAAUACACAAGCCUGGGAAAUGAAACCGUAUGUGGAAAUGGCCAUAGGAAAAGGAUACAGAGUAGAGUUUCAUGAACCGGAAACUUGGUGGAAGUUUGAUCCUGAAGAAUUAGAAAAGAGGAAUAAACAUGGUGUGUCUCGGAAGAAGAUUGCUCAGAUGUUGGAUCGUUAUGAAUUUCAAAUGUCCAUCUCUAUUGUGAUGAAUUCAGUGGAGCCAUCACAGAAAAGCAUACAAAGACCCCUCCCUCUCCCGGAGGAGCCGAGAGUAAAAGUUUUGAAGAAAAGUGGGUACAGGCCUGACAAACCCAAACAGAAGAGAAACAGAAAAGGAAAGAAAAGGAACAACAGUUUUAGUGAGAACUCACUUGCAACCUUAGGUCACCUUGCACCAGGAAGUCUUGGUCGAUCUCAGAGUGAAGGGGAAGGUUCUGAAGAGACAGGGAGAGAACCAGGGCACCCCUUUACUGGCAGCCUACAGAAUGAAGCAGAUUAUAUAAAUAGCAACGAAGAGCAAAGUUGGCAAGACAUAAAGAUCUCAAACAAUUCCCAAAACGGUGUGUCUACGGUUGAGUUGGACCACACACCUAAGCACUGCUUCCUUGAGGAGGAGGAGGACCUGGUUCUAACCUUACCAUCAGUACCAAGCGAAAGUUCUGCUUCUUGUCACACAAACACUCAGCAUCUUUCUUGUGUGGGGAGAUGUGACCGAGAUGGCUGCUCGGUCAUGAGGGUGGAAAUGCAUAUGAACAAUAGACAUAAGUCAGCCUUAGACACACAGGACAUAUUUGCUAAAACCCCAUGUUCAUUUACGCAGAAGACGGAGAUGAUGGAUAAAAACCGCCUGGAUGAGCAUGGUGGGACCAGAACAUCCGAGGAAGUUUUACAAAAGGAACAAGGAGUUAGAAGCAAUUGCUGGGCUUUUUUUACAGCUAGUUUGUCUGAUGAAGAAUUACAGAUAAGGUCCAAGAGUCAGCCACAUUUUGGCAGUUGGCCCAAAGGACCUCAUGAGUUCGUGUAUGAACAGAGACCCAAGAAAAACAGAUCUCAGAGACUGACCUGUCCUGAGAGUGAGGAACAACUUAUUCAGUUGGUUUCCACCUCUGAAGGAGCAGCAGUCUCAGGAAACUGCCCAGAAAUACCAAUGGAGAAGCAACUUGGAGAUCUGUCACCUAAAGCUGAAGUGGUAGAUUUACCCAGAAACUCAGAAACAAAUACCUUCAGCACCUGUGUCCCCCAUCCGAUCUCCCCGGAGUAUCCCUUAGAAUCAGCAAGGGGUACACAAGGGAUGCAAAGGAGGAUUUGCAGUUUGCCACCUGCCAACCCUGAAGCAAAGGAAAAAUGUGACCUCCUGACAGAAAAUCAUGAGCUGAACACGUUUUGGGCCGAGGAAGAUAUUUCCAAAAUGAUCAAUAAAGAUGAGACAAAGCAAAAAAUGAUCGCUGACUGUCAUCUGCCGUGGUUUUAUCUUGAUGCCCUUCAUGAUUCUCUAAGUAUUGUCCAGCAACCUUGUUCUUAUCGCCUGUCAUUUAACAGGGUCGGGUGUGCUGUGUAUUUUUAUAAAAAUCCUGUCCCUUCGCUCCUGCUAUAUUACCUGUCUAGCUUUUGCAUGCUAUCUUUUAACAACGGAAGAGCACUUUUGACAUUCAAAUCUCAGAGAAGCAUGGGUAGGACCCUAGCCGACGGAAGAUUUAUCCCCUCAGACGUUCUAAGUGGCCAGCCUGCUGCUCUUUGCUCUUUGAGGAUUUCCCCUGAUACUCAGUUUUUAAAUGAGAAGCUGGAUGAAGAGCUGAAGACACAGGAAGGCCGAGAGCCAGUGCGCCGCCUACCGGCUGAGGACAGCCGGGAUUUAAUACGCAGGAGUCAUCAGUGCCAUGGGCCAUUAUCACAAGAGCUCGCCUUUCACCCAGUCAGACGUUUUGGAUCUCCUGGAGUUCCCAUAGAAUCCUUGUUACCUGCUGACCAUGUGAUGCCCUUUGACUGGAAGAUGCUCAAGAUGAUGCCUUUGCCAUGGAAGAUGCCACUAGAGAAAAGGCAGACGCCUCUUGGUAAAAAUGAAAAUCCCUCGAGCUGUAAGCACUUCUCAUCGCAGAGACCUCAAUAUGGCCAGAAGGAAAUGAGUGUUGACAUCGCCUGGUUGUAAUAGCGCAGAUGUAUUGCAGUUGAAGAGUUGUUGCCAUGGCAACCGUGUCUGUGCCAUUGCAUGUUCAAUGCUUCUCUUCAGUCGCACAUCUUUCUGUGAACUACAACAAAGCUUGGGUUGUUGCUCCCAAGAUUUAUUCCCCAUUUCAUUACUUAGAACGCGUUUCAGAGCAUUCUGGCGACACAGUGUGUGCGAGAUCCCCCACACACCACUGAUGUGUGACCAGAGCUAGGAAUUAGGACUGUAGGUUAUGUAUAAAUAUUGUAUAUUAGCAGAUGCUCCAAGGAAAGAGUUAGCCUGGAUAGAACUUGUGUCAUAUGCUAGACUUGACAUCGAGAGUGAUAUUAAAACAAAUAUAUCACACUUUCCCCGGAAUCUGACAUUAUGAAGUAAAUACAUCUGCUGGGAUUGUCAGUGUGUACAUGUCUGCGCUUGAUAAGAAAGGAAUGCACAUGUGUUUUGGCAUGUUUUCUCUUUUCGAAAAUUUUAACUCAUUUAUAAGCAUAAUUUGUGUUUGACUGUCAGUGAAAAAUAUGUGUAUACUCAGUAGAAAUGUUUUCCUCUUUCCCUGCUUCUGCUGGAAGACAGCAGUGGGUCCUCAGGAGGGGUGUGGAGACCCGGAGAGACAUCUAGAAUAAGAUCCGUGUGCUAAGAGAGUGUGGGAGCUCUGGAGAAAGGAUGAAACUUGCAGUUUGUUCCCCAGUGUAGUCAUAUUAGACAUUGCUCCUGAUGUUAAAGGGAAAGCAGCAAGCCUCUUGCAACCCUGCGGUUUAUGUGACAGAGUUGCAGUUAGGGGAUGUUUCCCUAACUCUGUGAGGUGGCCCUCGCAUGACACAGGAGGUACUGUCCAGGUAACGUGCAGUGAACUUGGCUUUGUGGCCCAUCUGCGAGUCUCUUCUCCAUGCUGCAUGUGACUGUUUUGUGACAAGGACAUGCUUUUCCUUUUGGUUCUGAAGUCACUCCUCCACCCCGCUCUGGCUGCGCUCCAGUCUCACCUGAGCAUGUCCCAGGUCUGUAGCAGCGCGCGUAACUGCAGUUACAUGAGAAAGAGCCUUCCGGUUUGGUUUGUCAUAAUGUAGUGACAAACAGGUUUUAAAGGGCAGAUAGAAAUGUAGGAAGAGGCGGCUAUAAGGAGAACCGGCUGGGCUGUAGAGGUCCCCAGGCUGUCUCUGCCUACUUCACAAGGCUCUGUGCUAGUUGCCAUGUGUUGAUAGUUGCAGUCCUUUGGAGAAGCUGAGACCGAGAAUGUGUUCUGGUGUCCCUGUCCUGGUGCUGCUGCCUGCUAUGUGACCUGAAAAGAAUUAAUCUCCUCACAGCCUCAGGUUUUUUUUUUUUUUUCUAAGUGUAAAAGUAAGUUAACAGUAUCACUUUCUAGUGGAGAUUUUAAAUGGGGAUUAAAUGAAAUAAGUGUGCCAAGUCCUUAGGAUAGUACCUGAGAAGGAGUGGUCUCUUAACACGGGUUCAUUUCCAUUCUUUCAACACCUCCUUGGGCAAAGCCCUCUGGCAGAAUAGAACUCAUGUGAUCUUGGGAGAGGAAAAUAUUGAGCCAGGAAACUUGCUUAACCAUUUGCAUAAAUUCUUGUAAUGAUCAUUAAUAACUUUUGUGCUGUAAAGAGCUGUACCUCAGGGAGUGAGAACAGGAAGUAGCUGAGAUGGGCAGAACCAGGGAGAGUGAGCGAAAGGGACAACACAGGUCCUAGAUGUUAGAAGAGUGACCAGGGUAGCAAAGAGGAGCUGGGGACAGACUCCUUCCUGCGGCAUCAUGUCUGCACGGGUGUGCGCUCGUAUGCAGGGGAGCUCUCCGCUUCCUGCCCUGCUGCUGGUGGUCCUGACCACCGAGAAAAGCCCGGGUGCCCAGUGCUGACCCUCAGAGGUCCUUCCAGCGUGCGCCCGUUGGCCACCAGCCCUGGCAUGGAUAAUCACUCCAGUCGUUGCUCUUGAUAAGUUGUGUCAAUAAUGAAAGACAAUUUGCAAGCAGUAAGAGUUUGAACACUGCCCUGCCCAAUGCCAAGACCUUUGUCACAGCUUCAUUUUGCAGAGGAAAAUGAGGCACAGAAAGUUCUUUAAUUACUCCAAGAUUUGGAUGACAGCAUGUAUGCAAAUAUUGGACUGUGGCCACAACUCUAGAAUUAUGAAAUCCCAAAAGGUUCCAAAAUUCAAAUGUCAUUUUGUUUAUCCAAUCUUUAAAAAUGGUGACACAUACAAUAAAAUAAUUACCUUA